AUGUCAUCGACUCUAAAAGAAUGUUGUAUCACUUUCUCCGGUGUCUUCGCUGCUGGUAACCACGCAAAACUCUCUGCCACCGUAAAAGAACAUGGUGCAACCGUUUCCUCAAAUUUCACCAAAAAAAUUACCCAUCUGAUAGUCACAGACGAAGACUAUCGAAAGAAUAGUUCAAAAGUUUUGGCUGCAAAGAAUAAAAAUGAUGUAUCCAUUGUAACUUGGGAUUGGGUUCAAGACUCUAUCAACGAAAAAUGCAAAAAAAAUGAAUUGGAUUAUGUCCCUUCUGAAGUUGCCGGCGAUGAAAUAGAUAUGAAUGACGCGAACAUCAAUCCUGGGAAACACAAAAUUGAUAAUACUCCUGAAUCUGAAGAUGUUACUCCUUCACGUAAAAAAAGACGUGCUGCCAAAAGUUCAACUACUUGUGAAGUUACUCAAGUCGUUGAAGACAAAAAAAUGGUCAAGAUCAUUAGGAAAGGCAAAGCAUCUGUCGAUGAAUUAUUUCAAAUGAAGGAUUCGUAUCAUGUAUUCUCUGAUAGUCAAGCUACUUGGGAUUGUCUUCUCAAUCAAACGAAUGCAGGCGCUAACAAUAAUAAAUUUUUUAUUAUUCAACUCUUGGAAUCUGAUUCUGGUGGCAGCUACUAUGUUUAUUCCAGAUGGGGUAGAGUUGGAUAUGAUGGUCAACAUGCCAUGUUAGGCCCAUGGACAUCUUUAGAUAUGGCUAAAUACGAGUUCGAAAAGAAAUUUCGUGAUAAAACUAAAAAUAGGUGGAUGGAUGUUUGCCAAGAUCAAUCAAAUUUUAAAGCUGUGAAAGGAAAAUACACCUUAUUAGAACGUGACUAUGGAGAUGACGCGGUUGAUGCCUCAACUAAACAUAAUGCAGAUGUGCCACCUCCUCCCAUCCCUGAAUCAAAACUUCAUCCCAAGGUCCAGGGCAUAAUUCGAAUGAUUUUUGAUGUUAACUCAUGGAAUGAUACCAUGGUUGAGUUAAAUUAUGACGCGUCUAAAUUACCAUUGGGUAAACUUUCCAAAAGUACUAUUACUCGAGGUUAUGAAAUUCUUAAAAUUAUUGAGGCUGUAUUGACUAACGCAGAGGAUGGUGACCUUGUUGAGCUUUCAAACGACUUUUAUACCGUUAUUCCUCAUAAUUUUGGUUUUAAUAAACCACCAAUCAUCAAUAAUAUUCCGAUUCUUAAAACAAAAAUGGCAAUGGUAGAAGCUUUAGGUGAAAUUGAAAUCGCUAGUUCAUUAAUUAAGAAUGCGGAUAUAUCCAAGAAUCCAUUAGACGCAAACUAUGAUUUACUUGGUUUAGAAAGAAUGGUACCACUUGAUCAUGAUUCUGAAGAGUUCAAACUCAUACUUAAAUAUUUAAAGAACACGCAAGGUGUUAUGCAUCAAACUAAAUUAGAAAUUCUUGACGUGUUUGAUAUUGAACGCCAAGGUGAAAUGGAGCGAUACAAGACGUACUCAAAACUUCAUAAUAGGAUGUUAUUAUGGCAUGGUUCUAGACGUACAAAUUUUGUGGGCAUUCUAAGUCAGGGGCUGAGAAUUGCACCGCCGCACGUUCCUGUCAGUGGAUACAUGUUUGGAAAGGGUGUUUAUUUUGCUGAUUGUGUGUCUAAAUCUGCGAAUUAUUGUCACGCGCACUAUGGUGAUAAGAUUGGAUUUAUGUUGUUAUGUGAAGUUGCAUGUGGUGAUAUGUUGGAGCUUGUAAGUAGUGAUUAUGAUGCUGGUGAAAAGGUUAAAAAGCAAGGUAAACAUUGUACUAAAGGUCUGGGCCAAAUUGUUCCUGAUCCAAAAAAAGCUGUUUAUUUAGAAAACGGAACUAUGGUUCCCUGUGGAAAAGGAAU